AUGAGUAAUAAUGAAGAUAAGAAAUAAAUUGAGAGACUGGGAACAGCCAGCACAAUGUGUCAAACCUUUUAAUAAUCUCAAUUUUAGCAACAAUAUUAAAAACGAGCUGAUUUCACUCAAGUAAAUCUUUUCCCCAAAAAUAUCAAAAAUGAUUCGAAUCACAAGUAGAAUACUCGAUACUCUCGCCAAGAAUAUGGGAAUGAAUCGGAAGAUCAAAGAUAAGAUUUACUAUAAUAGUAACACAAACAAUAAUAAUACAUAAUUCAACAACAGAAUUCGUAAUCAAAACCAAAAAAAAUAUAAAUAAAGCUAUAAAAUGAAUCUUAAAACCUAAUUGAAGAUAGGUAAGAAGACUUUAAUAGUGUGUAUGAUGAUGAUGAAAAUUUAGAAUCCCCUAUUCCAAAAUAAAAAAAGGGCAAAGGAGAACAUCUUUAUGUCAAUUGUUAGAUGUAGGCUUUAAGUGAAAUCUUAGUUAAAUAUAACAUAUAAGAGAUAAAUCAGCCAUAUUUAAAAAAAAAAACUUAAGCAAAAUGUUGCUGUUUCACAAUUACAACUAAAUAAUCACUUUAUUAGAGUUAAAAACAAAUCAUUAUAGCAGAAGGAGGAAAGCAUUAUGAUGAAAAUGAUAUCAAUCAUUGUAAUCUUCUAUAUUCCAUCCUCUAUUAAAUGUUUCAAUUAGAGAAACUAACUAAAAAAAAGUCAAAGGAAAUUGAAGCCAAAUAAAUAACAGUCUUUUAGUUGAUUUAUACGCUAUCUUGUAUUACAUUAUUUAAGGAUGAUUUAUUAUAAUUUACAAAAAACGAUAAAGAGAAAGUAAUAGGAAACCUUUUUAUUAUAUCAAAAUAUAUAUUUGAGAUCCUUGUAAAUGGGACUCUGGAUCCAAUUUUUAAAUAAUCGGACAGCAAUGGUGAAACACUUCAUAACACUUUGACUUCAAUUCAUAUGGGUAUGUUUCUGAUGGUUUGCUCGGAUAAUUUAAAUUAAGAAUAAGAAAUAAUCUAAAAUUUGCAAAUUAAAAGUAUAAAAUCACUAAUAGAUCUUUGGAAAAAAAAAAAAUAUUAAAAUAACUGA